GUGGAGAGGAAGAGCUGCCGGAAGUAGGCGGUGGAGGUUGUGGCAGGGAGGGCAGCAGCUGCCGGGUAAACCGGGGCACGGGACUCACGGCCAGCAGAAAAGGCAGGCCGGGGGUCGUCUCGGUGUCCGGCACCCAGCAGGCCGAGGGCUCCCUUUGCCUGGGCCCCGGGUCUCUGGUCCAGCGGCCGCCGCCGGACCCGGGCCUUUCCCUGAGCCCUCCAGGGGGCGCCGCACCGGGGGGCUGCGGAGUUGGGGGUGGACGCCGCUGACCGAGCAGGGGCUCGGAACUAGGCGGGAGGAGCGGGUUUUCUCUCGCUAGGAAGCUGCUCUGGGUGGGGGUCUGGGAGUCCUUACCCCCGGGCUGGGACUGGGGGCGAGGGGGCGCGUCGCCCUCUGCCCCCGCUGGCACCCUGGCUAUGACAGGCAAGUCGGUGAAGGACGUGGACCGGUACCAGGCGGUCCUGGCCAACCUGCUGCUGGAGGAGGAUAACAAGUUCUGCGCGGACUGCCAGUCUAAAGGGCCACGAUGGGCCUCCUGGAACAUUGGUGUGUUUAUCUGCAUUCGAUGUGCUGGAAUCCACAGGAAUCUGGGGGUGCACAUAUCCAGGGUAAAAUCAGUUAACCUCGACCAGUGGACUCAAGAACAGAUUCAGUGCAUGCAAGAGAUGGGAAAUGGAAAAGCAAAUCGACUUUAUGAAGCCUAUCUUCCUGAGACCUUUCGGCGACCUCAGAUAGACCCAGCAGUUGAGGGAUUUAUUCGAGAUAAAUAUGAGAAGAAGAAGUACAUGGACCGAAGUCUGGACAUCAAUGCCUUUAGGAAAGAAAAAGAUGACAAAUGGAAAAGAGGGAAUGAGCCAGCUCCAGAGAAGAAAAUGGAACCUGUUGUUUUUGAGAAAGUGAAAAUGAAAAAAGAAGAUCCACAGCUACCUCGGAAGAGUUCCCCAAAAUCCACAGCACCAGUCAUGGAUUUGUUGGGCCUUGAUGCUCCAGUGGCCUGCUCUAUGACAAAUAGUAAGACCAGCAAUGCCCUAGAGAAGGACUUAGAUCUUUUGACCUCUGUCCCAUCCCCAUCUUCUUCAGUUUCUAGAAAGGUGGUAGGUUCCAUGCCAACUGCAGGGAGUGCCAGCUCUGUUCCUGAAAACCUGAACCUGUUCCCGGAGCCAGGAAGCAAAUCAGAGGAAGUGGGCAAGAAACAGCUCUCUAAAGACUCCAUCCUUUCGCUAUAUGGAUCGCAGACGCCUCAGAUGCCUACCCAAGCAAUGUUCAUGGCUCCUGCUCAGAUGGCAUAUCCCGCAGCCUAUCCCAACUUCCCUGGGGUGACGCCUCCUAGCAGCAUCAUGGGGAGCAUGAUGCCCCCACCAGUAGGCAUGGUAGCUCAGCCAGGAGCCUCUGGAAUGGUUGCCCCCAUGGCCAUGCCUGCAGGCUACAUGGGUGGCAUGCAGGCAUCAAUGAUGGGUGUUCCAAAUGGGAUGCUGACCACCCAGCAGCCUGGAUACAUGGCAGGCAUGGCAGCUAUGCCCCAGACUAUGUAUGGGGUUCCACCAGCACAGCAGCUGCAAUGGAACCUUACUCAGAUGACCCAGCAGAUGGCUGGGAUGAACUUCUAUGGAGCCAGCGGCAUGAUGAAUUAUGGACAGUCGAUGAGCGGCGGAAAUGGACAGGCAGCGAGUCAGACUCUCAGUCCUCAGAUGUGGAAAUAAAAACAAGACAUCUGUCUGCUGCCAGUCUCUUCCACCCUUGCUCUCCCCGUUUCUCUUCUUUUCCCAUCCCCCUUCCCCUCUCCACCCCUGUACAUCCCCCUUGCCUACCUCUAUGUUUGGUUUAGAAAUUGCUCAAUAAGUCAUUUAAGGUUUGGCAUCCUGCCCAACCCAGCCACUUCCCAAACAUGCAGGCCUCUCUGUUGCUUUAUGUUGUUCAUGUCUGAAGCCAUCCCAACACCUCCCCAGCCACGGCCCUUAUUCUGUCCUGCACCAGCACCUUAGAAACUUACGGCAGAAGGCACUUGAACUGCGGGAAAAUGCGCACGUCUUUCAGUACCUUCCCUCGAGGUUGACCCCGCCAGGCCCUCACAUGGGUCUGGAGGAGUGGAGUGUGAGGCAGGGGAGAGAGAGAGGGCCUUCUCCAUGUUAAUAAGCUGUUGCCACGUGCUUGAAGUUUUGAUUGAAGAGGAAGGCAUCCUGUUCCCAUGCUUUAUGGGAGUGAAGAAAGAACUGCAGUCACGUUAAACCCUUCUCGCGUCUUGGAUCAGGUUGACCCUAGCCUUGGGGUGAAGCAAGCCCCUCCCUAUGAAGAUGAGCAAAAAUGCUACUCCAUUUUGCUCUGAGUUGCUGUGUGGGCCUGGGGCUUUAGCACUCCCCGCUUCAGUCACCUUUAUUAGCACCAAAGACUCUGAAGGUCCUACACACAGACACAGACCCUCGCCGCCUUCAGCAGGAUCCAGCCCUUUGCAGGACCACAGAGCCCAGGGCGAGCGCUGCUUGUGUGGCUUGACUGGCUCCCGUCUCCUGCCCCUCCCCAUCUGCUCUGGUGUUUUUGUUUUAGGUUUACAACAGAGGGGAGUUAAUUUAUCAAGAGCUGAGAACCAUUGCCAGUUUUUCUUACAGUUUAAGAAAGACUGUGAUCUCACGAAUAGCUCCCUGUCUCAUUCCCUCCCCCUCUGCCCACGGACCUGGGGCUCUGUUACCCACCUUUUCCAGGUGAUGGGGCAGAGCCCGGGCAGCUUUCCUCUCAGCCAUUGUUCAUUCCGUCUGAAAAUUCAAGCAAGAAAACUUUGCUUAAAAGAUUUCAUGUGUGGGAACCACAAUGCCUGGUUGCCUUUCUCCUGUGUAUGUGUAAAUUCCUCAAUAAAUAUUGCAGGGAAGGCCCAUUCA